GCACCGUUGCAGUUGUCAAGGUGUUCUUUCCAGGCAUGGGCACUGCAUUUGAUAACUAAGGGAAGCACGAUCACAUUGCCGUCGGUGUCCAUCACUCACACAACCGCAAAAGGCAAACACAUCCACCACCGGGCAACCUUUCAGUUGCACGACGACAAUCCUCACGCCGCCGCCUCUUGGUUCACUCUAGUCGCUCGCUUUCUUCCAGAGUAGAGAAUACAGACAUCAUUUCUCGUCCGUCAAUUUGACACACUCCAUCCCGAAACAUGUUCAGCCUCGACUGGCGGGGGCUUGUGCUCCCCUUCGCCUAUCUGAUUGUCCUGACGGGCACCUUCAUGACCUUUUCCACAAUCUACCGCAAGAGGAAAGCCCAGCAAAGCGCAAACCUCGCACCAUGGUUCGGUCCUCACCUCCAACGCAACGUCUACCUGUCACUCCUCCACAUGGAGCCCGAGAACGGAUCCGAAAAGGCACCUAAAGUUCCUGAAAGUGUGCUCCGGGCGGCUCUGCUGCGCCGCGCUGUCGAAGACAUCCACCGUAUUAUCCAGAUCCGCGCCGCUAAGGCCGCCUGCAGCUCUCUUUUGCAGCGUGGAAGCAUCGGCGAUGAUCUGUGGCAAAGGUUCCAGCGUGCCGAGAAGGAAAUGGAGGAAGAGCUUCGUGAUGUUGUUAUGGAGGCCAACGCACUCGCUCCCAACUGGGGACAGAGCAUCUUCCAGACCGCCAACGAGAUUGCUGCCAACACUGUGCUGCGCGAGCGCCUUGACGAGAUCCAGGCUCAGGCAACACAGGAGAAGGAGUGGUGGGAGAAGCGCAGGGCCACCGUUAGAAGCGAGUUCAUGAAGGAACUGGAAGGGGAUGAGACUGGUACUGGUACCCCUGUGGACACCAGCUCAGUCACGUCAUCGCCGUCGAACAAGAAGGGCAAGAACUAGAGGUCACGUCCUAGCGAGCGGUGCAUGAGAGUGACGUGAGCAUCUCGCAUAGAGAUCUCCGGGGUGGCUGUACAAUAAGAAGAGAGGUAUGGGAGGGCAGGGCAGCGUGGGGCUGCGUUGGGCAAGCAAUUGCAUUCUUCCAUGGCGUUUAUGGGUUGGGACCUGCAGCAAAAUAUUCAAGGGUAUACUUUUUUGGGGGAGCCUCUUCAGGUCGUUUACGGGUCUUGGUCGAGAUAUAGUACAGCCCACAGCGUCGUUGGGUUUGGGAUUCUUACGUAGACUUCAAUACCUACAUUGGUCAAUAUACGAAUGAAAGCGAAUCAGGCCU